GGCAGGAGCGGCGCCCCGGAAGUGCCGGUAGCAGUGCGGUUGAGGCGGACAGGCGUCAUGGCGGCGGCGGUGGCCGAAGCGCCGGAGCCGUGGCCGGAGGUGGACCUGGUGGAGCGCGAGCAACGUCGGGAGCUGUUGCUGACGGGUCCGGCGCUGGAAGACCGCGUGCGGGCGGCGGGAGGGCGGCUGCCGCCGCGCGUAUUCUCGCUGUCGCUACUGCACUCCCUCGAGGUGUGCGGCUGCGCGAGCCUGCGCGAGCCGGGCCCGGGACUGGCGCGCGGCCUCCCGCGCCUGCGUAGCCUCGGGCUGCGCGGCAACGCGCUCGGGCCCGCGCUCAACCCGGAGCUGGGCCCGCUGCCCGCGUUGCGCGUGCUCGACCUAUCCGGGAACGCGCUGGAGGAGCUGCCGCCGGGCAGCGGCCUGGGCCCCGCCGAGCCCCCGGCUUUGCCGCAGCUGCAGAGCCUCAACCUGAGCGCCAACCGGCUGCGCGCGCUCCCGGCCGAGCUGGCGCGCUGCGCGCCGCGGCUGCAGAGCCUCAACGUGGCGCGGAACCGCCUGAGCGCGCUCCCGGCCGAGCUCUUCGCGCUGCAGCUGCUCAGCGAGCUGGCGGCCGCCGACAACGAGCUGCAGGAGCUCAGCCCGGCCGUGGCGGCGCUGCCGGCGCUCAAGACUUUGGAUCUGGCUAACAAUCAGUUAAGUGAAAUUCCUGGGGAACUUGCUGACUGUCCAAAGCUCAAAGAGAUCAAUUUCAAAGGGAACAAACUGAAAGAUAAACGCCUGGAGAAAAUGGUGAAUGGCUGCCAACCCAAAUCCAUCCUGGAGUAUCUGCGAGUUGGGGGACGAGGCAAAGGAAGGGGCAAGACUGACGGCUCUGAAAAAGAAGAAAGCAGGAGGAAAAAAAGGGAGCGAAAGCAGAAAAAGGAGAGCUGUGAGGGCGAAGAGGAAGAAGUAGAGGAAGUGAACAAGCUUCUCAUCAGAAUUCUGCAUGUCUCUGAAAAUCCCACUUCUCUGACUGUAAAAGUAAACCCAGUGGUGAAAGACGUCCGGCCCUACAUAGUGUGUGCUGUAGUCAAAGGAAUGAACUUGAGACCAGGAAAUGCUCUGAAGCGAUUCCUCUCAAUGCAGACCAAGCUCCACGAAGACAUCUGUGAGAAAAGAACGGCAGCGACAAUAGCAACCCAUGACCUUAAGCUGAUCAAAGGUCCUCUGCUGUACGGAGCGCAGUCUCCUCAAGAACUAAAGAUUGUCCCCUUAGGACGGAAGGAGAUCAAAGCAAAGGACCUUGUCCGACAAUUACAACUGGAAGCUGAGGAGCAGAGAAAGCAAAAGAAAAGGCAAAAUGUCUCAGGUUUGCACAGAUAUCUUCAUUUAUUAGAUGGAAAAGAAUUCUACCCUUGUCUAGUAGAUGCAGAUAAUGUGGUUAUUUCUUUCCCACCAAUAACAAACAGUGAGAAGACAAAGAUUAAAACAACAACCUCUGAUUUAUUUCUGGAAGUGACAAGUGCUACCAGUCUGCAAAUCUGCAAAGAUAUCAUGGACACCCUCAUUUUGAAAAUGGCCGAACUCAACAAAUUCAUUUCAGAAAAUAAAGAGGAGCAGUCCCUCUCUGAUACAGAAGCUGAUGGUGUUUCAAGCCCCUUCAAUCUCAAAUCUGAUCAGAAUGCUGAAAAAGAUGGCAGCUCUCCAUUAAUCGUGGAGCAAGUUCGGGUCGUAGACAUGGAAGGGACCUUAAAAGUUUUGUAUCCUUCUAAAACAGAUCUGGACAUAACUGCUUCCCAUAUAACAAUCAUCCGUUGAUGGAAAUGACCACAGCUUUCUGCAGGCUGUUUGUAAAAUAUAUUGUUGUCAUUUUGGCAUAUUUUGCAGGCAUUUGUAUAUGGUAUAAUUUAAAUUAUUCACUACAUUUUCCACCCCUGAAUUUUUCUUUUAAAGAAACUAUGUAAUAUCAGUUCAGUUUCCAAAGCUAUGUCUGUCCAAUUCCUCCUUUUGUGACAAUGAAGCCGCCUCUUCUUGAUGCCAAAAGUGAAAAAAAAUCACAGAAUCUCAGGCCAUCUAGUCUAAUUAUAUGCUUGUAAAAUUCAGUGUUAUGAUUGUUUUAAUUUACAGCACCAAAGAGCUGGUUUCAUUUAUCCUUUUCCUGAAAUUUAACUGGAUUUUGGAAUGGAAACAAGAUCUGUGUUCUGGUAUCAUGACUUUACAGCCCAAGAGAGUGUAAUUUUUAAAAGGGGGAGGUUGGGGGUGGUGAGAGGGAAUUGAGUUGGACAGGAACACUUGGUUUAAAAUUGGGAAGUUUUUGAAAGUAUAGAAUUAUUAUUUUAUUAGAGAUCAUCUUUGUUAAAAAGUCUGACUUUAGGAUUGGUACAGCUUAAAACUACUGAGUUAAAUUUUAAUUUUUACUAUGACAAUGCCUUGAAAUAAAUCCUAAUUUUUAUAAGGAAAAAAUAAGGAAGACCGAGUUAUGUGUGAUCUAAUUCCUUUAACUAAUAUUGCUGUUAGGAAUGCCUUUUGCUCUGUUAAAUUAUGAAAACUGUAGCCAAGCAGUGUAGUUAGCCUCAAAGCACUGACAUAGGAAGGUGCACUUUCUGUGACUGCGGAAGUAUGCAGCCUGGGACCUGUGGGUUGAGAAUGAGCAGAGCCCCUGACCAGCUACCAAGUGACACGGGUCCUAACUUGGAUCUUGGGGCCGGUCCCCAGGCAUGGCUGUUUGACGCAGGGCUGGUGCCUCCCCAUUUACAAAGGGCUCCCGUCAGCAAGUUCACGUCCUGUUAGCGGUGUUUGAGCUGCAUGUGCUCUCUAAUGGUGGGGAACCAGUGCACACGGGGCUCCCUGAGGAGCCCUUUGGGGCCUAUUGGAGGGAACCAUAGGGAGAUUUAAAUGUUGAAAUGUAAUCAGAACUGACUACAUCCUUUUGUUGCUUUUUACACACUCAGAACGGUGCUGCAUUCUCCUCUCUUUAAAGACAGCGGCUAAAUAAUUAUUUCCCCUAGGUAGUGAUGAAAGCAUUCUCUUCUCAAGCAUAAAUCAUCGAUGCCAAAGGAAGCAGUGCUUCUUAUUUUAGCCAUUUUCCACGUUAGUUAGCUGUGUGUGUGACCUUCGUCCAGAAGGGCGUGAUCAUUGGUGUGGGUCUGCUCUCCUCCCCGGGACUGGCACUGAUGCAGGUCGCAGCGCCCCGAGUCCCCACGACUUAGUGUGGCCAGCCUUAGGAUGAACAGCCUCCAAGCGCAGCAAGGCCGAGCCUCGUGGAGCCGACACGUGAGCUGUCGUUGGCCCAGCAGGGAACGCUUGCCCCGCUUGCUGUCAGACCUCCAUGUGCACGUGCUUGGCUGGCCCUGGGUCACAUUCAUGCCGGCAUCAGAGAAUGUGUCUAUGAAUACCCCAUGUUCUGCUGUAACUGGAGACUUGAAAUUGUUCCAGAACAGGACGUGUCAAAGGAAAUCAAGAUUGCUGCCUUAAAAUUAGUGUCAUUUAGCAACUGGCUGCCUUCAAUAAAAAACAGAUAGCCAUCAAUGAGACUCCUUUGAAAUUGUGGGAAGUUAUGAUUAUUGAAUCAACGAACCCAGUAUCCAAAAUCCAGGGUCUGUUAAACCUGGUGACCGGGGCAGUAUCAAAUAACAUUUUCUAACAAGAGACCCUCCUUUGCCUGUCCUUGGCCUAAUAUUAACUGUUGACUGGGCUCCCUGAUCACCUACUGUUAAUCCUACUAUAAGUGGAAAUGGUUCAUGAUCACAUUCUUUCUCCAAGAAUUGAGCUCUUGGUAAAAGGUUGAGAAAAUAAGAUUCAAAGUUGCUGAACUGUUCCAUGCUAAUUCACGCUCAUCCAGUUUCUCCCUCCCAUAUUCUGUUUUUGCUUCAAAUUUUGUUGAGAUAAAGGAUGGUUUAACCCCUGAUGUCAUUAUUUGACUUAGUGUGAGAAACAAAGGCUGCUAAUGAGUUCUGUCUAUUCUUGAGAAAGUAUUUUAGGAUUCGAGAUCUGCCAAAUAGACAGAAGGGGGUAAAAACCACUUGGGAGCCCCCAGCUACUUUUCUUGUCAUUUCGUGUGCAGGGGUUCCCAUCCUAUCCAAUACUGUAUCACUGUGUAGUCCAAGCGAUUGGCCAAAGUCGCCAUGUUCUCGGAGCCUGUACGUAUGGUCUGAGGGGAGGGAAAGAAGGGCUCUACUUGGCUUCUCUGUAUCAAAAGGAUUCAAUAAAAACCCUUAACAAACUGGA